AUGGAGGUCUCCCUUCACUCCCAUAUAGGCCAGCAUCCCAACGUCAUCGAGUGGUUUGCCUCGGGAGAAGACUCGGUGUGGCGAUGGAUAGCCAUGGAGUAUGCAGAGGGCGGUGAUCUUUUCGACAAGAUCGAGGCAGAUGUCGGCGUCCGAGAGGACAUUGCACAAAUUUACUUCCUCCAGCUGGUUGGCGGUGUGAGCUUCAUGCACUCCAAGGGCGUGGCACACCGGGACCUUAAGCCAGAGAACAUCCUCCUGUCACAAGACGGAAGCCUGAAGCUGGCUGAUUUCGGAAUGGCUACCAUGUUUGAGUACAAGGGCCAGCGCAAGACCAGCUCAACGCUCUGUGGCAGCCCGCCAUAUAUCGCUCCCGAAAUUCUCGCUUGUGGGAGGGUGGAUAAGAGGGCUCCGAAUACGGCCAAGUAUUCACCAGACCUCGUCGAUAUAUGGUCGUGUGGAGUCAUCCUAUUUGUCUUGCUCGUCGGCAACACGCCAUGGGAUGAGCCAUCGUCAACAAGUUGGGAGUUUGGAGAGUACGUGAAGACGUCAGGGAAGAGCUCAGAUCCGCUUUGGGGAAGAAUACCCCCAGAGGCCCUCUCCCUCCUCAGGGGCAUGAUGUCCAUUGAUCCACAGAAACGCUUCACCUUUGCUCAGAUACGACAGCAUCCUUGGUACACGCGCCAUAACCCCUUGCUCACUGCCGAUGGAAGGAUCUCCGACCCCAUCGUCCUGGCGACUAAGAUGCUCGAAAACCUGCGGAUCGACCUCAACCAGAUACCUCCGCUCACCUACCUCCCAGCAUCCCACGAUCCCACUGUUGACUCUGGACUCAACGCCGGUCGGUUCUCAUCCACGCAGCCGGAAGCUCUAGUAACCCCUAUCGCCGACAAAGAUUGGGAUUGGGAGGCUCCCGUCCUCCGCUCUAGGGCUCAACCAUCUUCCAUGCCCACGGGGACUUCCAGCGCUCGUCGUAUGCUAUUCGACUCCCUUGCGGAUGAGCCGUCCAUGUCGCAAUUCUCGCAAGUCCCCGGACCAUCCAUGUCGCUCACACAACAGGCUCAGCGGUUCCGUGACAUUUGUCCUCCCGAAUCUCUCACCCGCUUCUUCUCGCACGUGCCUGCCUCACACAUUGUGCAGAUGCUCAGUGACGCACUGCAUCAGCUGAACGUGCCUCUGGCACCCGUUACGCCGAAUCCAUAUGGCAGCCCGGUAGUUACCCUCAAAGUUCGUGCCAUCGACGGCCGCCGGCAGAGCCUACACGGAGAAAUCUGCGUAGACAAACAGCCGCUUGCGGAUGGCUUCGAGGUGCUAGAUAUUCGGUUUGUCAAGAUCAAGGGAGACCCGCUGGAGUGGCGGCGAUUCUUCAAAAAGGUGGUGGUGCUUUGCAAGGAUGGGGUCUAUGUCCCGGAAGCUUAG